AUGUUUACAACACAAAGUUUAAACGGAACUGGACCAAACAUACCUGAAACAAAGGGUGAAGACCCUCUCACAGAGAAUAAUGCAACGCAGAGUGUUCAUAAUUUAUGGAACGGAAAAUUCGAAGCUAAUUCUGAUGGAUUAGAUGCCGGUGUGAUGUUAGUUGAGUAUUUGUUGACUAGGUAUCCUCCACAUCCCGUACGACCUGUCAGAAAUCAAUCAACAACGCUACAAGUUACACAUAGAAUGACACCUAUACAACUCAUUGACAUGCAAUGGGUGGACGAAUACCUAACAUGGGAUCCGAAUGAUUUCAAUGGAAUCAACGAAAUUCAACUUCCUAUUGAAUCACUUUGGCAGCCAGACACAGUCAUUUAUAGUAGUGUCAGCCAUGAUUCAUUGCGCCAUCUUGAUACAGAAGCCAUUGUGCAGAGUAACGGGAGCAUCAUGGCUAUACAGUUCUUCAUUAUUCAAGCGACUUGCGCAAUUGAUGCAACAUUGUUUCCCUUCGACGAACAACGAUGUAAUUUCAGAUUCGCCUCCUGGAGUUACCAUGGUAAUCUAAUGAACUACAUACCUGACCCAGCGAGUAAUAUUAAACGUUUCAUCCCUAACGGAGAGUGGGAGUUACUUGAGAUGCCAGUCACCGAUAGUUCUGAUCUCCAUGAAUGUUGCACAGUUCCGUUUCCUGCUAUAACAUACACACUCCACCUGAAGCGACGCUCCACGUUCUACGUGGUCAACAUUGUGUUUCCAUCGUUCUUGGCCUAUAUCUUGAUUUCUGUUGGAUUUUACAUGCCUUCUGAUUCAGGAGAAAGAAUGAGUUUAUGUGUCAUCAGUAUUUUAUCCCAAUUCGUCUUUCUGACCGUGGUCGCCGACUUCAUGCCGCCCACGGCAGAAUUUGUGCCACAUUUACAACGAUAUUUCUUUACCACCAUUGGGAUGGCUGUUGUUUCUGCUUUCGUCACCGCAUGGACAUUGAAUAUGCAUUUCAGAAGCCCUGUGUGUGAAGAAGUACCGAAAUGGAAAAAAAUCCUCGCGUUUCGAAUCCUGGCACCUAUGGCUUGCACCAAAAUUCGCGUUCGCAAGUAUAGACGACUGAAAAAUGAUAAAACAGUGAAGACCAACGAAGAUAUACCCAUGAACAUGUACAAUGGAAUCAAACGAUCCCAUCUCAGAUUAGAAGGCUGUGAACAACACAAUACACAAGAGGUGGAUGCCAGAAUGCCAGCGUGUACCGAAGAAGGAUUACUUGGUACUGACCUUGACACUGACCCUGAAACUCAACGUCGUCGUCUUCAUGAUUGGCGGGAAGUUGCCAGAAUAUUCGACCGAGCCUAUUUCGUUCUGUAUACGUUGAUGCAAAUUUGCUUAGUUAUCGGCUUUCUUACUUACAUCGCAAAACAGGGAGAAGGCUUUCACCACGAAGAAGAAGAGAACAUGGUUGUUUAA